AUCCCCCGAGGCUGCUCAUCCCAGCCCCACCCCCUCCAUGGUCCCGGCCCAGCCCACCCCAGCUCAGGCUGUCAGCCGGUGCAGGCUAAUACUAGCUGAUCCCUGCGUUCAGGGAAGGCGGACCUUGGGUCGGACCUGUCGCCCCCAACGCGCGGGCCUGGGUGUUCCCCCCGCCCACGCCUCCCGCCCGCCCGUCGCUACCACCCUUAGCUUCUCAGACUGAGCUCCGCGCUCCGGAGAGGAUUAAAACCCAGGGAGACAGGGGUCUCCUGUGAAGGAUUCGGCUGUGCCAGUGGUCAUCACGGUGGCGGGGGCUGCAGCCUUGGACACUCCUCACGUCAGAAGUCAGUGGGCAGGUUGACUGAGCGCUGGCACUUUCCUAGCAUCAGCAUGAAUCCCAGGGGCCCAGCUACUCAGAGCUGGUUCAGCAGCCACCCACCCACCACUGAGCCUGACUUGGAACCUGCCGCUGAAGGGUCUACCACAGAGACCACCACCCUCAGCCCAGAAACCACAAGCUUCAAUGGCACCAGAAUCCCUGAUGUGGCAGGUGGUGCAGCCGGUGUGGGUACCAUGCUUCUGUCUUUUGGGAUCAUCACAGUGAUUGGCCUGGCUGUGGCCAUGGUUUUAUAUAUCAGGAAGAAGAAGAGGCUGGAGAAGCUACGCCACCAGCUCAUGCCUAUGUACAACUUUGACCCCACGGAGGAGCAAGAUGAAUUGGAGCAGGAACUCCUGGAACAUGGGCGAGAUGCAGCCUCCAUGCAAGCUGCUGCCUCCCUGCAGGCCACACAGGGCAAGAGCACCCUCCCUUCCCAAGGCCCACUGCAGAGGCCUAGCAGGCUGGUGUUUACUGAUGUAGCCAAUGCCAUCCACGCGUGAGUGGCCUGGACCUCUGACAAAGACACCCGCCACAGUGCCAGCAGCACUGGCUGCCCACUUCCUGACUGUCAAGAUCUAUCUCAGGACCUGAGCCAUCGCCACCACAGGACAGGAAAGGGCUGCAACAGACACCAGCUGUGCUGAGGCCCCACCCACUGACUCAAGCUUGAAGAGAGACCUCUGACCAGGCUAGGCAUCUGGCCACUGACUUCUCCUGAACCGAUGGCCCGGCUCGGAAGGCAGCCCUCGUGCAGGAAGGCGAAGAGCCACUGCUGGCUUUCUGGUCUCCUGGCCAUACCCCUCACGUCAAGGUCUGCUUCUGUUGGGAAGGAAGGGCACGAGCUUGAAGGGCAAGGGAGAAGAGAGGCAGACUCCCCUCUAUCUAGGACUGCAUUUUUUUUUUUUUUUUUUGGCCUGGGGCCUGCUCUAGGGUAGAGAGAGGCAAACCCUAGAUGAUAGGGAUGGGGCAUUGCAACACCUUUUGGGAAGGGUUCUUUGUUUGUUUUUUGAGGCAGGGUCUUGGAACUUGCUGUGUAGACCAGGCUGGCCUCCAACUCACAGAGAUCCACCUGCCUCUGCCUCCUGAGUGCUGGGAUCAAAGGCGUGCGCCACCACAUUCAGCUAGGGCAGCACCCUUUAUAGGCCCAGGAGGCCCAGGGACAGAGCUAGAAAUGCCCAGUAGAUGCCAGGAAAAGGGCUACACAAACCCAGGGCAGUGCAUAGUUAGGAUAUUAUGGUGAGUGGGUGAGCACAAAGUCUCCCAGCCACAUGUCACUGGCAGCCAAGGUAGCUGAGGGAGAUGAAAUGGGAGACUGGGUAUGGAAAGAUGCAUUUCCCUCAGUUUGUGGAGAAGGCUUCAUGCAUGUGCAUGAAUGGGCUGCACACAGACGUGUACCUGUUCCAGCAUAAGAGUAAGACAGAGGCUCUCUGCAUCGGCUCCACCUGGCAAGCUGACUCCCACCCCGUGGUAUGCAGUGGAGCAUCACCAUAGGCUGCUUCCUCUCCUUCAGUGCUCAGGGCUACACGGAAGAAGGAAACAAGGCUGGGUUCCUCUGUCCACUGUGUUUCUUCAGUGGGGUCCAAAAGCUGGCCUGACCUGCUUCCGGAAAUAGCUCCCUUCCGAUACGGGGUUCUGGGAGAGGCCUUUGGUCCAAGGGCAGUCUAAGGCCAGAAGCUAGUAGGAAAAGUUAUGGUUGCCUGGAAAAGAUUGUCCUUUGAGGAAAAGACCCAAGAAACCAAGUCUGGUUUUAGUUUUUCCCUUCUGCCCUAAAUGCAGGAAGGGGCAUUCGGUGUUCAUGGAAUGUGGAAGGGAGUCUCGGCCUUUGGUCUCCUUCUCUGUCUUGGAGGCACGAGGUUCAUACCAGGGGCAACUGGGCAGAGUAGAUCACAAAGACGGGGCAGUUUUCUACACUGGGACUCCCACAUGAGCAUGCACAGAGGCGCAUCCCCAGCGUCACCACCAUCGCUGUCCUCUGCUGGCUAGAGGGGAUGCGGGGGUGGCCCAUAUGCCAUUGGGCAGAUACCACACAUCAAGAGGUGAGGGGCUAGGAGGAUCCCAUGGGGACUGCUCUGGUUUUAUUUCUGCCUCUAGAUGCUAUAAAUACGUUAGCACUUGAGCAACUGGAGGACUGUGAGUAAUUUAGGAUGCACAAAGCUGUAAUUUAACUCACAGCAUCACCAUGUGUGAGAGCAUUAAAGAUGUAAUUAAGAUGUUUACACAAAGAGAAUGGAGUCUUUGACACUUGGGGUGCAAAACCCCAGGAGGGGACACAGUGGGUGAGGUGAGGAUCUGUGGGAGGCCUGGGGACAGUCACUUGGAUCCCAGCUAUGAGAGGCAGACAGCCCAGCUGUUUUUCUUGUUCUAUCCAUGGAAAUGCUUUGGCCUGGAGUUCAAGGUUGCUCUGGGGCCUUGUGCUUCAACUCGGAGAUGGAGUAACAAUGCCUGGAACAUCUGGGGGGUGGAUAGAGGCCAAGAGGACAGAAUCUUGUGAGAUCAGGUGAGGAAGAGGGCUUGAUCCCCGAAGAUUGUGGGGUGGCAUAUGGUGUCUCAGGAUCCACAGGAGCUGUGUCUGAAAUUCAUAAGUAAAAUGGUUUCCUAGGGAGCACAAAGUACAAGGUCAAUGGCAUGGGAUGGGGAGUCAGUAAGGUUCUAUGUAUGGGACCCACCUGCUAGGCUCAGAAAGAUUUAGAGAAUGACACCAUGGUGACCAGUUUGCCCAGGAAUGUCCCAGUGUUAGAGCUGAAGGUUCCAUGAGAGAGAGCUAAGGUUCAGACUAGCAUGAUGGAGACAUAGAGGGGGUUAGCCUCCAAGUUCCAUGAUGGAGGGCUGGGUGAAGGUGGGGAAUGUGGGUUAUGGGAUAGGACUUUGGGCAAGGCUGAGAACCAUGUACCCCAUGGGCCAUGCACAUGAGUUACAGCUGGACCUGUCAGUGAUGGAUUUGCUGUUAGGGAAGACUCUCCUCUCAGAAGAUUGGCGGGGGUGAGGAAGUGAGCUGUGUGUUCCCACAUCAUUAGUCAAGCCCUUGGUUCAGGUAUGUGCGUGCUGCAGACCGCUUGGCAUCCUGAAGAAACAGUCCUGGGGAGUAAGGGAGACCCCAGGGACCAGGGAUGAUGAGGGUGUAGAAGAGCCCCUGUGUCCUUCUCUUCUGCUGCAUGACCCAGGCCCCUUUCCUGAAGGGCGGGCCUGGCUAAGAGACAGACACAGGCUGCUCUCUGUGAGUGGCGGGCCACCCACUCAUAGACUGUGCCCUCACAGUAAAUUGUCCCUUCUACUCACUUGGUUCUGUUUUCUAGAUCUUUUUCCUACUCUCAGAGGAAAACCAAAUUCCCAUGUCUUUCACAGAGUGUAGGGUUGAUAAAUAUUGGGGUGAAAGGUUCUGGUGGAUAUAUUCUCCUUGAGGAACCAAGUCCUCAGUGGUGACUGGGGCAAGGCAGAAUUGCCCACCAUUGCUGCUUCUAAGAUUGGCAAUUGGGUCCCUCUGAGGAAGGCCCUCCCCCUCCCUAUAAUCAAUCAGACUCUGUGUUUCUUUGUCUCUCUAUCUCUCUCUGUCUCUGUCUCUCUUCCUCUGUCUCUCUGUCUCUGUCUCUCCCUCUGUCUUCCUCUGUCUCUGUUUCUCCCUCUGUCUGUCUCUGUCUCUGUCUCCCUCUCUCUCUCUCUCUCUCCCCGAUGCAUAAAAUCUCUCUUUGUGACUGGCAACCAGGGCUUCAGGUCAGAAGCAGCAGUGGCUGUCUGUGGGUGGUGUCAGGGUGGAUGUGGAUGGAAGCCUUCAAAGGAGGCUGUCUCUUGUUUAAUACAGUGAAGUGUCACCUUGGAGCCAAAGUGAAUAAAGUAAUCCCAUUGCUUGGCUGCAGGCAGACAGUGGGGAUGCCUUCAGAAUGUAAAGGAAAGCUCUGGUCGGGAGAGCUCAGAAACUCCUGCGGUGUUCUGACCUUCCUGUAGGUUCCUAGAAACAUUUCCCUCCAGCCCAGUAUCCCAUCAGAGAGCCAACCCACACUGCACUUUGUUCUACAUGGAAGAGAAAGAUGCCAAGUAGAAAAAAGACGAGCAAGCGUGUCCUGUGUGUCCAUAUCUUUAUGUUUACAGAUAAAGGCAGAAGGUGAGGCCAGGGAAUGCCUGGGGUGUUCCAAGGCUCAGGCAGACAUCCCUAUGCUAUUCCGUGAAGCUGUACCCCUUUGGCAGGUCUCAGUGUGUGUGUCGGGGGUGGGACUUGUCUAAGUAUGUCUGAGGGAAAUCCCUCUGAGGGCUCAGGCCAUGGGGACAGCUGCAGGUGGGACAGCUGUGGUUUCCCCGAGAAUGCUCUUGAAAGGCCACACUGAGAAACGAACGGGAAAUAUGUGAGCAUCAGGCACAGGGAGAGGAAGAGGAUAGGGAAGCACAUGGGGCCCUUAGGCGUGACUAAGCAGGAUUAGAACAAGUGCCAUCCCACCGGGGACUAGGUUUGCCCUUGGCAUGCACCUCACUUCACCUUCAGAGCUAGUUGGCAGUGAUCACUGCCUCUUACUCCUUAGCUUGGGUCCUGCAGAGGCAGAUCGGGGUAGGGGACAGCAUUCCUUAGGGACACCAUGAUCACCCCUCUCAAGUCUCCAAGAAAGCUAGGCGAACAAGCAAGCAUGCAGAGUAAGGAUAAGAAUCUCAGAGAAGGACUGGGGAGACUGCUCAGUGGUUACAGCAUAUGCUGCUGUUACAGAAGACCUCAGUCUGUUCCCAACAUCCAUGUCAGAUGGAUCACAACCCCCUGUAACUCCAGCUCCAGAGGACCCCUCUUCUCGCCUCCAUAGGCAUCUGCACUCAUAUGCACAAACCUAUGCAUACAGAUAAUUUUACAAAUUAUGAAUAAAUUUUUUUUUAUUAUUUUUAAAAGACUCCCAGAGCAAAGUCCAGUGCUGGAGCCUUCAUUCAAGAGAGGAACUGCCAAAGAGGUAGAGGAGUCGAAGGUUCUGAGACGUGAAGGUGGUUUCCUUCCCUACCCAGCAUACAGUAGUGUGUGUUAGAAAGCCCACUUCUCAGAGCAUCCCAGUCUGCAGGACACGUCCCAGUUCUCACAGUUCAUCUAGGAAGGUGACACUCUUGGAACUUAGUCGGAUACAUGAUUGACAGGCCUGAGAUCCCAGUAUGAUGGACAGGAGGAAGGCUGGAACACUGUGAGGUCCCUCAGAGGUCAGGGUUUCUGUACCUGGUGUUGAAGAGCUGGACCCUGCAGGCAGGGGGUGACUGAGAGAGGCAGCCUUUCUCUGGGGCCAGGGAUCCUAUCUCUGACCAGUGGGUCACAGCCUGGACUAGUGUCUUAGGGUUUCUAUUGCUAUGAUAAAACACCAUGACCAUAAACAACUUGGUGAGGAAA